AUGAAUCCAUCCGAGCGCCCGCUCCUGUCUGCGCGCAAGCGGGGAGAGGAGCGGCUCUCCCCUCCUCACGGACACUCCCACCGCCGGUGCAAGUGCGGCCACGCGGAAUAUGAAGAAGAUGAGAAGGUUCUGUGCAGAAGUGAACUGAAAAGAAAAGAACACGUAAAAAGACAUGAAAGCUAUACAAAGGAGCAACCCAAAAACUUUAAAGAUGACUCCCGAACUACACACUCACGCAAGUUCAAAGCGCCUGUCUACAGGCAGCACAAAACACAGGUGGUGGAGCAGGAAGCCGUUUGUGAAAGGGACAGACCUUCAAGAAACAAAAGUGUUUCUGUGGCAUUCCGUGACAAAAAUUCUUCCGGCAGAGAAAAAAAGUAUCAUUCUGCAAAAGAUAUUACUGCAACUGAAAGUAAAGCUGUGGAAAAGACCAAAUCGCGACCAUUCAAUACCAACAACACAGCUUCUCUUCCUCAGAAAAGAGAACAGACAUCAAAACAAAGGUCAGAUAAGAAGUCCUCUGAAUUCAAAAGGCGUCAAAUGAGUCCCAGUUUAGAUUCUACUGAGCAUGAAAACCAGAAGGAAGGUGAACAGAGGUGGGAAUCCAUUGGCGUGGAAUCAUCACCAACUGGAAAUGACAGCUGCACUACAAAGACCCAGGAAACAGACUCCUCUUUUAUCAAUCAUUACGUGGAGAGCAGGAACAGGCAGCUGUUUAAGGAGAUGUGCGAAAGCCAUGAACAAAAGAAGAUGAAGUCAAAAAACAGGUCGUCCACCGACACAAAGCAUAUACCUGCCUCCAUCUCAGAGGCGUCUUCCUCCUCAGUCCCGCAAACUACCUCAGAGAGUAAUUCAAAUGUCUUAAAGAAUGUCUCUGGAACUUGUGUGAGCAACACAUCAGCCUCUAUUAGCACAGGGCAGCCACUUACUGCUUUGAAACAAAUGCUUUCUCAAAAAUUUGUGCCUUUUAAAUUCAAGAUACCAAAAAAGGUUCGGCCGAGACCCCACACAGGCGAAAACAGUGAUGCUACUUCCACAGACUGUAAAGUCAAACAUGGGAACACGCUUUCAGUCCCACAGGAUUUACUGAGGAAAGUUGAGCAGAAAAUUGCCCGACAAGCUCGCAGCUGUUUGGAUGUUACUCCUAAUAUUCCUUCAGAAAAACAAGAUAAGAAAUCAUCCUCUUUUGGGCGUGUUCCUCCGACAGAUGAUGCUAAAGCUGAGCCAGAGUAUGACCAGAUGCAAGUAGCAGUGGAGCUUAAUCUUGCGCGCUCUGAGAAGAGGCUGGAAGUAAAUCUCACGCAAAGUUAUGGUGAACUCACUUGCAUGGACAUCGACUCUCCAGAAGAGGCUCCGAAAGACACCCCAUGCAGACUACCCUGUCAGCAAGAUCUAAUCCUUGUUCUGGACACAAAUAUUCUCCUCAGUCACUUGGAUUAUGUGAAAAAGAUCACAUUUCAUGGCCUCGGAGCUUUGGGAUUUCCCGUUGUCCUGAUCCCCUGGGUGGUGCUUCAGGAGCUGGAUUCACUUAAACGGGGAAGAGGUCUGUCAGGCUCUGUGGCCCAUCUGGCAUCUCCUGCCAUCUCCUACAUUUACAACGCGCUGAAGAGCAGGGAGCCUUACCUGUGGGGGCAGUCUAUGCAGCAGGCCGCCGAGAGCAGCUAUGGUCUAAAUGCUGAGAAUAAUGAUGACAGAGUGCUGCAGUGCUGCCUGCAAUACCGGAAUAUGUACCCAGAGUGUGCGCUGAUCUUAUGCACAAAUGAUAAAAAUCUGUGCAGCAAAGCCCUCCUGAGUGGGGUUAGGGCCCUCUCUAAGAGUGAUUUGCAGGCAGAGAUUGAGAAGUCCAGACAUAACGUCCUGCAAGACUUUCAGGCUCCAGUACUUCCUCACGUCAGUUCCCAGAUCUCCUCACCUGUGUUGAGCAGGAGCACCACACCAGCCCCGCUUUGUGAGGAGAAAGCAUGUCUUUCUGUAGGGGUUCUAGAGAAAGAUGGCAAGCAGACCAGUGAAGGGGACAAUGGGGAGACAAAGCGUAAACUUAGCAGAUGUCUCUCAGAACUUGAGGAAUGUCUGCGGGAUGUGCUGUCUGAUGUCCUAGAGCAGGAGAUGAAGGCCGCUUAUGAAAACCUAUGGUUAGAGAUAAUUCAUAUAAAACCACCCUGGACACUUCAAGAUGCCCUGAAGUGUUUAAAAAAGCACUGGAUCGCUGUCUUUGGACAAGUUGCCCCACGAAGGAUGCUGGAAACUGUGUUGAACCUAAUCAAUUUUUUUAACUCAGGUGAAAGAGUGGAUUCCCGAAAAACCUUAGCAGCCCUUCAGGAAGCUAAGGAACUUGUGAAAGCAUUUUGGAAAAGUUCAAACCAUGUUCCCCGUGCCAUCUCUGCAAUGGAAAAGAUUUUUACUGAGCUACAACCAGAGCAACACCAGUCUGUGGUGCAAGAGACCUUUGCCGGUGACGUUAUCAUGAAUGAUGAUGAGGACAAACGGCUCGCACCUUCUCACGUCUCUCCCCAAGAAGUGUGGGCCAUGUUUGAAAACAUCUGGUCUACUGUCUAUCAAACCAGCUUGGAAGUGUUCAAAGCCCUCGGCUUUGACCCUCACACCAUGCACGCUGCUCUGCCAGUCGGAGGUCCUUCACCACCAGAGGAUGCUUUAGCCUGUUUGAACAAACUGUCCUCUGUGGUCUCGCAGCUGCUCCAAGCAUUCAGCAGUGUCUUAUUAUCGGCGCCUGGUCUGGAGGAAGUCCAGACACUGCUCAGCAUUAUUCGCUCUAACAAGAUUGUUAAUGAAGAUUCCAGAUUAACAGCAAAAGACCUUCUUGAUUGUUUCUCACAAUCAGACUACAGGGAGAAGCUUAGAGUUGGUGGGAGCCAGUUGAUGGAGCUGAAGGCGGCGUUGGACCGCUGCGUUCAGGCCACAGGAGAACACUUCCACCUCGGCACGUAGAGCUCUCACAUCCACCAAACCCAUCUUUUAUCCUCCAACUUUUAAGUUCACCAUUUCAUUUUCCAUUCUAAUCUCUGAUAUCACACUUCUUGCAAUAGACACUGUUCUUUAAGUAAAGGACUGUCUGUAAUUGUCCUUCAUUUUUAAGGGUUGUUUUCUGUACAUUUGAAUUGGCAUUUGUCCGUGUCACAUUUUUUCUCGACCGAUUGAAAGCAUCAUGAUUUGAGCUCGGAUUUCACUUGCACACAAUCCUGAGAUUCUGCUGACGGUGGUGUGGUGGCACAGCCUUUAAGACCUCUGCAUUCUUCCAAGCGCAUCCCACAGGUAUUAACCUGCAGUGGCAGUCUGUGUGUUAAAAAGAUGUCUCGUGAUCCUCUUAACCCAGAUCAUUCGCUCUCAGGGGCUUGGUUCUUUUUUUUUUUUUUAUCUUCUGCUUGAAGUAAAACACUUUUAGAAAAUACUUACAGCAGAACCUCUUCAGGCUCUCUAUGCAAACGGAGGCAUUCAGCUGAAACCUUGGUUACGUGUAUUAUCUGUAAAAACAAAACAAAGAAAAACAAGCUUGACAAUUAAAUUCAUGUUGAUUAUGUAGUUUUUUUUCUACUUCAUUAAUCCAAGGUACCAGCUUUUCCUGACUGGUUACUUCAGCUCUUUCUGUGCUUUCUGGCUUUUGAAGGGCAGAUUUUUUCCCCCCCUUUUCCUGUUAAUCCAGCUGUUGCUUUUGUCGUUACCCAACAUGUCAUAACUGGAUUAGAUUCAACAGUUCACUCUCGCAUUCCUGCAGACUGCACAGAUCACAACGCAAGUCCAUGUUGGUUUUAUAGAGCUGCAAGUCAA